AUGAAAACACCGACCUUCCCUGAAAUCAGCACGAAAUCUGACCUGGAAUGCAGGACCGUCUUGGACAACCAAAUUCUCGUCAUCGACAACAUCUUGUCUGUAGCAGAGUGCAAGGCUUUUGUUAAACACAUCGACUCGCUGCCGCUAGAACUUACGCCGCCAAAGAAACGCGGGGAGGCAGAACGACACAAUCACAGAAUCUCGGUUACCUCCAAGGACUUUGCGGUGAAACUAUUCUCUGUGCUGGAGCCGCAUUUGCCGCUCUUUCUUCCAAUGCGAGGCAAGAAGGGUGCGGCACGUGCUGCCCACUCAUGCAACUCCAACAUCCGGAUGUAUAAGUACGACGCUUCGCAAUACUUUGGGCAAGUCGGACAGCCACACUACGACGAUGACUGCAAGGACGCGCUAACAGGUGACAAGUCAGAGUGGACGCUGCUUAUCUACCUUACGGGCUGUGAAGACGGCGUGGAGGGCGGUGAGACUGUGUUUUACCAGGGCAAGCAGGCGGUCAAGCCCCCGCUCACACGCGGAACUGCACUGCUGCAUCGCCACGGGCGAGAGUGUCUACUUCACGAGGGGUCAUCAGUUCUCAAGGGCACAAAAUAUGUUCUUCGCUCUGACAUUAUGUUUCGAUGA